UCUGGAUCUUCCAGCUUGGAACCAUGGCCCAGUUUGUCGGUAACCUCGCGGAAAAGGCCCCGGCGCUGGUGAACGCUGCUGUGACUUACUCGAAGCCUCGAUUGGCCACAUUUUGGCACUAUGCCAAGGUUGAGCUGGUUCCUCCAACCCCUGCUGAGAUCCCUACAGCUAUUCAGAGCUUGAAAAAAAUAGUCAAGAGUGCUCAAACUGGUAGCUUCAAACAGCUCACAGUUAAGGAAGCUCUGCUGAAUGGUUUGGUGGCCACCGAGGUGUGGAUGUGGUUUUAUGUCGGCGAGAUCAUAGGCAAGCGUGGCCUCAUUGGCUAUAAUGUUUGAAGACCAAUUUAACAUCUGUUUAUAUGUGGCUUAUUAUUUGAGUGUUCUUGGACCAUGUGUGAUCAGACUGGUAUUUGAAUAAAAGAAGCUUAUGUAUCAAAAAAAAAAAA